AUGCAUGAUGUACACGGGGUCCCCCUAGUCCCCCGAAGAGUGAGUGAGGGUCUCAAAGGGAAGCGCCCCGGGCUCGGUUUUGUUGUUGCUUUAGAGCUAGUUGAAGAGAGUAGCAAUUUCAUGGAUGAGGAUGGUUUAUCGAACACAAACCGAGAUAUUUGUCCAGCUCAAGGGCCAACCCUUCCAAUAUUGCAGAAGAUUAUAUGUUUGAGCAAUAAGAUUCAAGAUUUGAAGAGAGAUUGCUCAAGUCUUUCAGAUCAAGUGAAGAACAUGAAUACUGAUUGUUUUCCUGGCCCUGGUGUUUUAGACAAUCUUCAAAAUCUCAGUAAAGAAUAUGAGCUUUUAAAAAAGAAAUACAUAGAUGAGUCCUCCAAACGAAAGUGGCUUUACAAUGAAGUGAUUGAGCUGAAAGGCAAUAUUAGGGUCUUCUGCCGAUGUAGACCUUUAAAUCAAGCUGAAAUUACUAAUGGGUCCAAUUCUGUUGUUGAAUUUGACUCUUCUCAAGAAAAUGAGCUACAAAUUGUUUCUUCUGAUUCUUCUAAAAAGCAAUUCAAGUUUGAUAUUGUGUUUAAGCCCGAGGACAAUCAAGAGGUUGGUUUUGCACAAACUAAACCUAUUGUGACUUCAGUACUGGAUGGCUAUAAUGUCUGCAUAUUUGCAUAUGGACAAACUAGAACUGGGAAGACAUUUACAAUGGAAGGUACACCUGAAAAUAGAGGAGUGAACUACAGAACUUUAAAGGAGUUGUUUCAUAUUUCCAAAGACAGAACUAGUGUCAUGAGAUAUGAGCUAUUUGUUAGCAUGUUGGAGGUUUACAAUGAGAAGAUAAGGGACCUUUUAGUUGAAAACUCUAACCAACCUUCUAAGAAUGUUUUUUCUUGA